CAACACCCAAACAUGUUCCUAAAUCCUAUAUCGUUGAAUUAUUUUACGGUGGACAAAAUUAUGUUGGACCAAUUUACAUUGGAUUAUUUUACUUUGCACAAUUUUGUAUGCGUCCACAUAUUUUUGAUUUAAAAUUUUUAUAGAGAUAAAAACGUUUUUAUUAUUGAUUUAUUGAGGUUAUGUAACUUUGUUUUGUCAGUAUCGUUUCUGUUCCGGUGAAUUUUAGCCGAUUUUUGUAUUUUUUUAUUAAGUAAAGCCUAAACUAUUGAUUAAGAUUUAUUGACAAUGCCACGUGUGCUUAUUAUGCAGAAUUGUUUUCAUAAAUUUUAAAAUAUAGAUAAGCCACACUAAGAAACGUCGACGUGUCGAAUUUUAUCAAUUGCAAAAUGCUAAAAGCAGUUAUACUAAUUGGGGGACCCCAAAAAGGCACCAGAUUUAGGCCCCUUUCUUUGGAUAUACCAAAACCCUUAUUCCCCGUUGCGGGAUUACCAGUAAUCCAGCAUCACAUUGAAGCUUGCGUUGCAGUGGCAGAAUUGAAAGAAAUUCUAUUAAUUGGAUUUUAUCCGACCACGUUAAUCCAGCAAUUCGUCAAUGAUUUACAGCACAGAUAUAAUAUAACUAUAAAGUAUUUGCAAGAGUUCACAGCCUUGGGGACCGCAGGGGGCUUGUAUCAUUUCCGCGACCAAAUCCGCUAUGGAAACCCUGACGCAUUUUUCGUCAUGAACGGAGACGUUUGCGCCGAUUUUCCCCUAGUUGAACUUUACCAAUUUCACAAAAACUUGAACAAUUCAUUAGUGACUAUAAUGGGCACCGAAGCCACCAGACAGCAAUCGUUGCACUACGGUUGCAUGGUUUUGAAUAAAAACACACACGAGGUGACCCACUACGUCGAAAAGCCGAGCUCCUACGUCUCCACGUUGAUAAAUUGCGGCAUUUACGUCUUUUCCUUGGACAUAUUUACCACAAUCGGUGACGUUUUUAUCGCCAAACAGCAAGACUCCAGUCGUGAGCCUGGUUUUAUCCAAUUGGAGAAGGAAAUUUUGGCCCCUUUGGCCGGCACUGGAAAAUUGUUUGCGCUACAGGUGAACAAAUGGUGGUCGCAAUUGAAAACCGCAGGUUCUGCGAUUUACGCCAACCGACACUAUUUGGAGUUGUACAGGAGUAAACAUCCAGAACGGUUGAGACACCCCAAUUCGGGGGAUGGUUGCACUAUUUAUCCCGACGUACAUAUAGACCCCACUGCACAAAUACACAGUUCAGCCGUUAUAGGUCCAAAUGUUAGCAUCGGUUCGGGGGUGGUUAUCGGACCGGGGGUUCGAAUAAGAGAGAGUAUUAUUUUGGCAGAUGCCGUUAUCAAUGAUAGAAGCCUGAUUUUGCAUAGUAUAAUAGGGAGGAAUUCGAAGAUUGGGACUUGGGCACGGGUUGAAGGGACUCCUUCAGAUCCAGAUCCCAAUAAGGCCUUUGCGAAAAUGGAAAAUCCGCCCCUGUUUAAUAACGACGGACGCUUGAAUCCAUCGAUUACCAUUUUAGGGUGUUUCGUGAGUGUGCCAUCGGAAACCAUUCUCUUGAAUUCGAUUGUUUUGCCAAAUAAGGAGCUGUCAAGAAGCAUAAAGAAUGAAAUAAUUUUAUAAUAAUUUAACUGUAUAUUGUACCUUUUUUAAAAUAAAUACAUUUGUAAAAUAUUUUUUCGGUCUACUAUUACAAAAUAAAUAAUUAAGUUACACUUAUAA